AUGCCUUCCGCAAAUAUCCUUGCAAAUCAAGAAAAAACUCCAAUCUUCCCUUACGUCGAUCCGCCAAAAGACGGCUUGAAACUUAUAGAAUUCAUCGAUACAAAUUUACUGACCAUGGUCGACAUGCCUCUAUUCCCCCCUACUUACUCAACUUAUUUGUGGGCUCAAUACGUUGAUCCUGUGAAUGUACCAGCUUGGCGAGGUUUCAUGGAGAUAUGUUCGGAAAAUGAAAGUUUCGAAAGUCAAAUGCCAACAAUUCAUUAA